GGAGAUGAAAAUUUUCUUGCAAAAAUUCUCAUAAUUUCUGCUCAUAAAAUCUUUUUCCGGAUCCAUUUCGUUUUCAAGAGUGCAUUACCCGCUGUGAACUAGGUCCUGUGGCAGAGAUAUGUGCCACGCUGACUUGAGGCACCGAGUAGAUUUGUUUACAGCAAAAACAUGGCCUGAUACCAUGAAAAUGAACCACUAGAAAAGUAAACAUCUGAUGGAUUAUGAUCAGUGUUGUCAUGACCUGGAUCCGCUUUACCUGCAUCAGGAUGUGGACAUGUAAAAGCCAUCAUUCAUAUAAGCCUGACAAAUGAAGUGGUCGUACCAGAACUAACCAGUCCAAUGUUCAUGUACGAAAGCAACUUGAGCAACCUUGGUUCAUUGUAGCGAUGGCUACUUCUACGAGAUGUUUGUUGAGUUGCGCCAUGGUGGCCGUGGUAAUGUUUGCAUCGGAUUGCGUGAUGCUCUCGUCCAAUCAGAACCAAUGUGGAGGUCACCUGACAAAUAAAACUGGCUCCAUAACGUCGCCAGGAUACCCAGAAGUUUAUCCAGGCGAUUCAAAUUGUGAAUGGAGCAUCAUUGCAGGUUCAGGUUUGGGAAUAACGAUUAUAUUUGAGCAGUUUCAACUAGAUGCUGGCGAUACGUUAAAAAUUUACGACAACGACCCAACGUUUGAUUCAAGUAAACCAAAAUGGCCAGCUUUUACAAGAUUUGUCCAAGCUGGGACAGUGUAUUCAACACAUUUUAACAGAUUGUGGCUUGUGUUUACAUCCGAUUCAGAAACAUUAUCUAUGAAAGCGAAAUUCCGUAUUGGGUAUUUGCUAGCUAAAACUCAAUGUCCUGAUGUUGUUGCACCUAAAAAUGGCAGCCGUACAUUUGGAGACUCAGUGCGUGGAUACACAGUUACCUUUUCAUGUGAUGCGGGGUAUAUUUUACAGGGGAACAGUACCCUGACUUGUCUUGUAGGUGGGCCAGAAGGUGGACAAUGGCCCGGCAUGCCACCGCAGUGUGUGGCUCCUUGUUACAGUGGCUCAUCAGUAGCACAAAAUGGGCUUGGAUACUUCACAGUGCCUAGCAAUAAUCCCAUCCUUUCACCGAAAUAUCCAUCCCCACUUGGAAACCCAGGUAAAUGCAUUUGGAAAGUACAGGUGAAAAGUGGACUAUAUGUGAACUUAACUGCUACAGAUUUCAACCUGGACAGAUUCAGUGGUUUAGAAAUAUGGGAUCGUUCAGUUGGUGGUAGUCUCAUCGGAAACUAUUCUGGAAAUUCUUUCCCUAAAUUCAUAACAAGUAGAGGUUACACCGUUUUUAUCAGUCUGUUCUCUAAUGGCCCAAGUGUUGGACGGUUCAGUCUCAGAUUUGACAUAUCAAACAGCACAAAUUGUGCUCCACCAGCAAAUGCAGAAAAUAUGUAUAUUACUCCGGUGAAAUCGACAUAUGAUUUAGGCGAUCGUGUCAUGUACAAGUGUGUUUCAGGGUUUGUUCUGGCGCCGAAAAAUUCCCAUAAUACAAAAACGAAAUGUUCUGUCGGUAAACGGUGGACAGUGGUCAGUUUACCGAAAUGUGUGGCAUAUUGUAAGGAGUGGGACCCUGACGACUUGACAUUCCGAGAUGUGGUGUACCGUAAUGAGAGUGGUGUCCUAUACAGCCCUGGUUACCCAGGCCCCCUCAUAAAAGGGUCUUGUGAAUAUCGUAUCGCUGUGGCUAGAGGUCGACUAAUAGAAUUUGACCUCAAUAAAGUGACCCUGGACGCUUUCACAAAAAUAAAGCUAUACUCCGGUGUGAGUACACAAAAUCGUACAUUACUUAUGACUCUGGCAACAAAAGAUCUUAACAAAAUAAAAACAUUCAAAUUGACGACAUCCAAUGCAUUUGUGGUGAUAGAAAAGUCAAGUGGGGAAAGUUUUGAGAAGUUUUCCAUACGGUACUGGAGUACCACAUCAGGGGAAUGUGAAAAACCGGUGCUAGAAUACGGAUAUAUGUCCCCAGUGACGAGUGGAUUUCCUGACUCUACUGUUGUUCGAUUUACUUGCGAGCCUUUCUUCCAACUCCAUGGUGCAGCAGAAGUUGUGUGUGUUGCGGGCGGUAUGAAAAGCCGCUGGGAUCCAGCUUUGCCGUCCUGUCUUAGCCGGUGUGGGGGAACAUAUCCGCUAUUAUCAAAUGGCUCUAUCACAUCGCCAUCCAUUUCAAAGAUUACUCGAAAUCAGUGUGUGUGGAAUAUCAAUGACCCCAGUCCUGCCGAAAAUCAAAUCUCAUAUUCAAUCAGUAUUGUUAUGGACGUCUUAGAACUUGCACCUGAUGACAUUCUGAAAAUUCAGCCAAUUGGAGGACAGGUUGAAGUUAUACGGAAUAAGAAAAACCUCGUCAUUGUAGCUUCGUCUGCUGGGUUCAUGCUGACGUUUGUUUCAUCCGAAAUUUCAACGCAGGGGAGAAAAUUCCGAUUGACAUAUCAGAGUAAUGUGUUUGUACCAAAGCCUUGUCCGAUGCCGCCCUCUUCCGGCUACCUGUGGAUUCCCGACGGGAACGCCAAUCCGGGGUCAACGGUGUCAUUCAGAUGUAAACCGCCGUAUGACCUUGUUGGUGCGGAGAAGUCAACAUGCUCGAAGGAGGCGUCAGUGUGGAGUCCACCUUUGCCCGUGUGUAGCUUGUAUUGUGGCAUGGCGGGUGGAGGCAACUUUAUCAGGAAUGCAAGCAACGGUGGCGCAGUAGCCAACCCUGGUUACCCGAACAUGUUACUGGGAAGGCAGACUUGUAGAUGGGUCAUCCAAGCCGAUCCUGGACAGUGGAUCACUGCUAGUUUUAGCUAUCUAGACUUUCCAAAAGAUCACAAAGACAUCACUAUACAAAUAUUCGAUGGCGCACAUGUUGGUCAUCAGAAACCGCUGCUUGUGGAGACAGAGUAUGGAGUUCUACCCUCAAACGUCACCAGUCUUACUGGAGCCCUGACUAUCGAUUACACAUCAACACAUGAUGACAUUCGAGAGAAUAAAGGCUUUUAUAUUCGCUACGGAGUCGUACCGUCUGAACAUCGUGUCCUGAUGACCACUCGGGCAGUUCCUACUGCAACCAGCCGUUCGUCUACCACGCCAUCGGUUGCCACAUCGACUGAGAGACCAACCGUUUUGGUUCAUACUCUUUCCAGGAAGCCAACGGAAACCACAACGUCACCACAUGACCACCAACUUGAUAAGCGUGUGGGAAAAGUCGAGAACCAUGCUCCGCGGGGUACAAACACUGGAGCAAUCAUCGGCGCGGGGGUAGCCUGCGUCUGCCUCAUCGUCGCUGGUCUAGUUGUUGGCGGCUACUACUGGUAUAGGCGUCGGCACCCAGUUCGGAUGCUGGUCGGACAACGUUUCCCGAAGUUUCAUAAUCCCUUGUACGAGACGCAGCAGCCUACGUCCUCGACUUUUUCACUGGACAAGGACUUUAAUCUGAGUUCGACUUCUUCAACGUCUUUGGCAUAGAAGGAUUGCGGCGUCUGUCGUGGAUCUAAAGAGGUUUAGCUUCCUCACUUCUUAUUUGUAGUAAUAUGAUAUGUAAGAUAUCAUUUGGAUUAAUCAUAAUCACAAAUUUUUAUCGGGUUUAUUUUGUAGAAUUUUUACUUGUACAGUUAUAUUAUCAAAAAGGUUUUAGACUUGGAAAUUAUAUUUUAGGUAUGCAUUUCAAUUAUCUACAGGUGUAUUAUUUUUUAUAGAUCUUUUGAAUAUUUCACGUUCAGUUCUAAAAAGUUGCAGACAGUACUGUCACACUUAUAUAUAUAUCACUAUAGAAUACCCACUUGAAAGUGAAGUUUUUCAUGUUUUCAUACCUCAGUGUAUUCAUGGUAAAUUUUAACAUAUUUUGAAGAAAAAAGGUGCAUAAUUAUUUUGUAAAUGGUGCAUUUAAUGACUUUAGAGGGUGCUUUGUUAUAUUAGUCAGAUUAUAAUUGAUUUAAUGCCUUUUCAUUAGUUUGUGUGGCAGGAUGUGUGAAUGGCAUGGGCUGGAAAAUAGCGCAUGCUUAUCAGGGAGGCCCACUUGUGUGUUAUGCGGGUAACUCUGAAUGGUAAAACUAAUAUUUGGUGCAGGUGCACUGACUGUUUAUGUAAUAGGUUAAAUUUACCUCCUUGGAUGGUGCUUUGAUCAGUCUGUGCCGAGUGCUAUUUCGUUUGAUAUCCGUUUUUGGUGCUGUGGAAUAAAUCCACUCUUUGAAAAAUCAAAAGCUAUGAUUUUGCUUUUAGUUCGUUAGGGAAUAUGUCUGAUUAUUUUGAGCUAUUUUUCAGUGGAUUUCAGUUUUGAUUACUGAAGCAGUUUUGUUUUGGGUGAUGCCAGUGAGUGUAUAUGUGUGGCAGCCUAAUCACUAAAGAGGUAGCAGUCCAGCUUCUUUAAGGAGAGCUGAAAGCAACAGAAAUACGACUGCUGGGCUUGGCUAAAACGACCAUUAGUGGGAAGUGAUAGAUUAUAUAGCCACCAGAUGGAACCACACAAAUAUAUUUGUUUAUAAAUUUAUUCAUUUUAGAAAGUCAUCAUCAAUUUUGCAUCUUGACCUGUGAGUUUUUUAUAAUGCUUCACUCUUCCCUGAAACGUAGAAAGGAAGUAUGAAGUGGUACAAAAACACUAUGGAGUCUGUCAGGAUGUAAAAUUCUGAUGAAAAUGUGUACUGAUAUUUUGUAUGUUGUCUUUAUAAUUAUAGCAUUAUCAAUUGUUUACAUUUAUGACGACGGCUAAUAAUGUCAUGUUUAUGUCAUUGCUGUCUAAAGUCUUAAAUACACGUAUAUUGUCAUAUCCGAAUAUAGAUCUGCUUGAGGCAUUUAUCGAAUUGUUCUGAGAAGUUUCCGUAGCUCACAAUAUCGGUAGCAAAAGAAGAAAUUAUACAGUUGGGUCAUCAGUCAAGGAAGCCACAUUCCAUUUUCUGUCAAUUUGUGUCACAUUUCUUGCCAAUUUGUGUGAACGGAUUUCUGAAGAACUGGAAUUCAGUAUAAAGAUGUUGGCUCCAAAAAGCUUAGUGCACUCAUAGGAAACAUAACUAUCUGUUCACUCAUUUCUCUGAUGUGAAGAAUAUUCCUGUUGGUUGUACCGGUGCCAAGAUAACCGGUACCGACAAGAUGUAUGCGAAAUACUCUUUUGAGGAACUAGGAGAUGUCUUAGAUUUAUCACAAAUGAAUUGUUAGUAAACUUAAAUACUUGUUUAUUGUUAUUUAUAUAAUCCCCGUGUUGCAUGAUUUUGAGGACCUUCCUUUAUGACACUCAAUAUCCAGUCCCAUCAAUGCAAUAAUAACGUCUAGUGGAAAGUUUCUUGCUCCAAGUUAGUUGCCUUUCAUAGCACAAAAAUCGUUAGUAAAGUGCCUUGCCCAAGUGAGUUGGCCCCACCAAUCGGAAAUGACACGUUACCAUUGCCCCUUGCAUUCCCCUACCGGUUCAGAUCACUUCCCAAUUCCCAUAAAACCUCAAACAAUGUAAACAUGUCAUCUGUCAAAGUCAGUGAUUUUGUGGAGUUUAUUAACAAGAUUUUUAGCUCGAAAUGAAAGAGAACAUGUCAGAAGAAAGUAAAGGAUAUUUGGGAAGGGAUCUAGCUGAAAUUAUCUGAUGGUCUGGACAAAUUGUGGCAAGAGUUGCAGUGAUUAUAUUUAGAAAAUUUGCAUUGGAUUAUUAGGAGAUG